CUUCAGCUGGGAGAAGAAUCCGGCAGACUUUGAGCCGUACCAUCUCAAACUGGAGGAAUGCAUGUCUGCCGAACAGAUUCCCAGCACAGAGCACAUCCAAGGCUACGUGAAGAAACAGAUCCAGGAUGCUGCAGAUCAGGGCAUCAUUUUUGUGGGCUUUAUCCAGGAGCCUGCUGGCCUCCGUCCACACGCACUGCAGCUUGGAGAACCAGAGGAGGCCUCACUUUCCCUGCACUCCAGCCCCAGCUCGCUGCAUGGCUCCGGGCUCACACCAUGCCCCAGUCCCCUGGAGGAGCCAGAGCCGGAGCCGAACCCGGAGCUGGGGGAUGAAUCUGGAGCAGAAAACCAAGAACAGAAGCAGGGAGGUGAAGCUCUGAAAGCUGGUGGAGACGCUGGAGGUGAUGAAAACUCUGAAACACUGACACACAACAACAACGACACGGACAAAAGCACAGACACAAGCCAGAAAACCAGCAGGCUGGCCCUCAAUAAGAGUGGAGCCGAGCUCUUCGGUCUGUUUAAUUACCCGGGUCGGCGUUCAGCUCAGCUCAAGUACUACACUGUUAAAGUUCCUCUUCGAGUGCAAACGCAGAGCGACGGCAUCUGGAGCCUGGAGGCAAACUGGCUGGAUCACAUGACCCAACACUUCAACAACGGAGCCUCGCUUGUGGACGGAUACUUCCAGAUCAACAACCACAACAAUGAUGUUCUUGUGAAGACCGUGGACAGCGUGUUUGUGUUUCAGGAGGGUGUCGAGGGCGACACCAACUCAGCUGCUGCAUAUGACGCUAUAGUGGUGGAGCAGUGGACAAUCAUUGACGGUUUGGAGGUGAAGACAGACUAUAUUCCACUGCUGCAGUCACUGGCUUCAUUCGGAUGGAGACUCACUUGUGUUCUGCCAACACCCAUCACUAAAACCAACAGUGAUGGAAGUCUGGCCACCAAACAGAUUGUUUUCCUCCAGAGACCAGUGUUGCCUCGCAAGAAGAAAGAAUCCAAGAAAGUCAUCUUUAAAGCAAGAAACAAGUCCAACAAGAACUCGGUCAAAGACGCACCAAAGAACAAGAAGAAGAAAGACUCUACGCCCACCGUGGAGAAAGAGAUAAGUGAUCAAAAGGCCGAGAGGAGCGUUGAGGACACCAACACAAGUGUGAAUGAGCGACGGCCGGAAAAACAGAAUAAUGAAGCUGACGCUCAAGUGCAGAGCCAACAGAAACAGGACACAGAGGAAGGGAAGUGGGCGGAGGAAGUGACGGCUGCAGGAAGUGAGGUAGGAGGAGAAAAACAAGACGAAGUGAGUGGAAACAGUGAGAAAGAUGAAGGUGCUAAAGAUGAGGUAGACGGUAAAGCGGAAGAGCAAAGUGUGAAAAUAGAAGCUGAAACAGGGUCAUGUAAAGACCAGAAAGGUGAUGAUGAGGGGGACAAACCGGAUGAGCCGUCAGCCAAUCAGGAUUGAGGAUGCGCUUAAACCAACAAGACCAAUGGAAGAUGGAGCUUUAUGAAUGUUUAAAAUGCUACCCUGCAAAAAGAAAACAACAACAACAACAAAAAACACACACACUUUGCUAAUCAAAGUUUUGUCUUGUUAUUAAGUAUCUAAACAUCACUAGGGGCCAUUCACACAAGUUUUUUUUUUUAUUCCAACAUGCUAAAUCUUUCUAUGUGAUAAAUAAAUAUAGUGUUACGUCAGCCAAUUCGAAUGUUAUCACUCGAUUGAAUGUUCGUUAUCAGUGGUUAUCAGCUCAUAGAAAAGGGCCAGUAGGGGCCUUCUGCACCUAUUGGUAGGCUUAAAAGGCAGUAAUCAACCAUUUACAUUUCGGCAAGAAUAAAAGCAGUUUUACAUUUUUUAAAACCAUUUAAGGG